GUGGGAGGAGUAGUGCCACGUCAUUGGUGUCAGUGGGAGGAAUAGUGUCCCAUCACUGAUGUCAAUGGGAGGAAUAGUGCCCCAUCAUUGGUGUCAGUGUGGGAGGAAUAGUGCCCCAUCGUUGAUGUCAGUGGGGGGAGGAAUAGUGCCCCAUCGUUGGUGUCAGUGGGGGGAGGGAAUAGUGCCCCAUCGUUGGUGUCAGUGGGGGGAGGAAUAGUGCCCCAUCGUUGGUGUCAGUGGGGGGAGGAAUAGUGCCCCAU